GGGUGUUUUUGCGUCAACUUCACGCCCGUGAAAAUCCAGCCUCAUCAUCAUAGUUUAUUAUUCACUGCAUUUACCCUACUGCGAUGGUAAAUCUAUUUCGCUUAUCAGCAUGCGUCUGCAAAUGAAAAUUAGUUCUAAGAAUCUGUUUUGCAUCAGAUGGCGCCAACACUCUAAAAAACUAGCGUAAACUAGACAACGCUUUAAAAACGGGAUAUGAUUGCGAGUAAUGUUGCUAAACAAGGGGUGAGCUUUUGAUUUCCCAAGUUCAAUUUAUUACGUAGACAUUGACAAGACUUUAUAGGUGCGAAAUUAAUAUUCGUAAAAUACGAUUAAAAACUAAAAAACUAAAUUAAUGUAUCAAUACAGGAUAGUAAUCCCCACUUGUAAAGCCAACCAUCUAACCUCAAAAUAGUUAAUCUUUACUGAUUCAAAGCCACCGUUUCUCAAAAACACACUCAUUUGUAUCUGCUGAAAAUGGUUGACUCAGACGAGGAAAACGACAGAGACAUGGAUCUGGAAAUGAAUAUGACUGGAUUUUUAUUUGGCAACAUUGAUGAAGAUGGUCAGUUGGAGGAUGAUAUAUUAGAUUCCGAGGCGAAGCGCCAUUUGGCUUCCCUGGGUCGCCUCGGCCUUAGCAGUUUACUGCAGGAAAUGAUUGCUCUAGACAAUGAGGAACAGAAUGAAAAAGAAAAUGAGAAAGGAGAAAAUGAAGAUGAAAAUAAAACAGGUGUCAAAUCCGAGUCUGACGAUGUCAACUAUCUAGAAAAAUCUCCAACAGCGUUGGAUUUCUCUGAUAUUAACGAAUUAGCUGAAGACAUAAACGAAGAUGAUGCAGAAGCGUCCUCCAAGAAACAGGAUAGGGCAGCCAGUGACUACGAUGCAGAUGAUGAGGAGGGAGUCAAUAAAUCUGACACUCAGUUAAUGCCUCCUCCGCCCAUUCCAGAUGAAAAAGAAGCUCUGACCCCUGAAGAGGCAGAAGCUGCUCGCCAGCGUAAGCUUGAAACGCCCUUGGCUUCCAUGCUGCCUUCCAAAUAUGCAAAUAUCAACGUUACGGAAUUGUUUCCUGAUUUUCGCCCCAAUAAGGUUCUUAGGUUCUCGCGACUUUUUGGCCCUGGCAAACCUAGCAGCCUUCCACAAAUUUGGCGGGGUGUUCGGAAACGGCGGAAAAAGAAGAAACACCACGAUCCGAAGGAUUCAGACUCGGGAUCUGAUCACGACGAGAGGAAACCUAAGUUCAAGGGGUGGAAAAUGCAUUACGCACCGACUCCAUCACCAGAUGAAUGUAUCCCAGAUGAUGAAGAAAAGUUAUUGCUUCCCGUCGAAGACAAGGAACAAACUGGUAAAACUGGCGACAUGGGAGACAGCAAUGACAUGGGUCCAAAAGUUGCAGACUGGCGCUUCGGUCCAGCCCAAAUUUGGUAUGACAUGUUGGAAGUCCCAGAGACUGGUGACGGCUUUAAUUAUGGGUUCAAACUUGCGGAGAAAACUGAAGAAGUCUGCAAGUCAAAAGAUGAGGAUACAUUUCCAGACGAUUCCUUUCUUAUGGUGUCUCAACUGCAUUGGGAGGAUGAUGUCGUGUGGAAUGGUGAUGAUAUAAAACAUAAAGUGAUGCAAAAAUUAAAUAGCAAGAAUAAUGCUGCUGGUUGGGUACCUUCGAGCAGUAACAGAACUGCUCAGGCCUUCAGCCAGCCAGGAAAAGGAACUCCUGUUCCUGUAGCACCUAACGUUCGACUUGCUACAUCGCAAAUAGCGACUCCUCUGCACAUGCAGUCUAAGAGUAAACUUGCAUCGAUGGGUAAAGGCAGCCAGCAGCAACAGCGUGAAGAAAACUAUGACGAUACUUGGUACUCUAUUUUCCCUGUGGAGAAUGAGGAGUUAGUUUACGGACUCUGGGAAGAGGAAGUUAUCUGGGAUGCUGAGCACAUGACGAAAAUACCGAAACCAAAGAUUCUCACCCUAGAUCCAAACGAUGAAAACAUUGUAUUGGGAAUACCGGAUGACAUAGACCCAGCUCUUCUUCAUAAAGACAAUGGGCCUCAACCUAAGGUAAAAAUCCCACACCCUCAUGUGAAAAAAAGCAAACUUUUGCUGGGUAAAGCAGGAGUUAUCAACGUUCUUGAAGAGGAUGCUCCGCCUCCACCUCCAAAGUCUCCCGAUAGGGAUCCAUUCAACAUAUCAAAUGACUCUUACUACAUGCCUCGCUCUUCGGAAACAACAUUACGCUUAAAAGUUGGCGGUGGCAAUUUAAUACAGCAUAGCACACCGGUCGUAGAAUUGCGAGCACCUUUCGUACAGACACACAUGGGACCUAUGAGACUGAGGAAUUUCCACAGACCUCCGUUAAAGAGGUACAGUCACGGACCUCUGUCUCACACUGGUCCCCACCACGUGUUGCCUCUCCUCAAGCACAUCAAGAAGAAAGCUAAGCAAAGAGAACAGGAGAGAAUUGCCUCGGGAGGUGGAGAUGUCUUCUUCAUGAGGACACCUGAAGAUUUGACUGGAAGAGAUGGGGAAAUUGUUCUCAUUGAGUUUUCUGAGGAACAUCCACCUCUGAUGAAUCAAGUUGGAAUGUGCUCCAAAGUCAAGAAUUACUACAAACGAAGAGCUGGAAAGGAUCAAGGGCCUAUGCGUUACAAAUACGGAGAGGUCGCUUAUGCGCACACCAGCCCAUUUUUGGGCAUCUUAACACCUGGCCAAAGUAUUCAGGCUAUUGAAAAUAACAUGUACAGGGCCCCGAUUUAUGAACACAAUGGUCCAGAGACUGAUUUCUUGAUAAUAAGGACAAGACAGCAAUAUUUCGUGAGGGAAAUAGAUGCCUUAUUUAUUGCUGGACAAGAGUGUCCGUUGUAUGAAGUUCCUGGUCCAAAUUCCAAACGAGCAAACAACUUUGUAAGAGAUUUCUUGCAAGUUUUCAUAUAUAGAUUAUUCUGGAAAUCUCGUGACACUCCUAGGCGAAUCAAAAUGGAUGAUAUUAAAAAAGCAUUCCCAUCGCAUAGUGAAAGCAGUAUAAGAAAGAGACUGAAGCUUUGCGCUGAUUUUAAAAGAACAGGAAUGGACUCAAAUUGGUGGGUAAUCAAGCCAGACUUCAGACUGCCGACUGAGGAAGAAAUCAGAGCUAUGGUUUCUCCGGAGCAGUGUUGCGCCUAUUUUAGUAUGAUCGCAGCCGAACAGAGACUUAAAGAUGCUGGGUAUGGUGAAAAGUUUUUGUUCACACCUCAGGAUGACGACGAUGAAGAAAUGCAGUUGAAAAUGGAUGAUGAAGUCAAAGUUGCACCCUGGAACACAACACGUGCCUAUAUUCAAGCGAUGAGAGGGAAAUGUUUAUUACAGUUGGCUGGUCCAGCCGAUCCUACAGGCUGUGGGGAAGGCUUUUCUUAUGUAAGAGUGCCAAACAAACCGACAAUCAGCAAAGAAGAGCAGGAAGCACAGCCAAAGAGAACAGUUACUGGCACAGAUGCAGAUUUGCGUAGGCUUUCGUUGAACAAUGCAAAGGCUUUACUACGAAAGUUUGGUGUGCCUGAAGAAGAAAUUAAAAAACUUUCACGGUGGGAGGUAAUUGACGUUGUGCGAACUUUGUCGACGGAAAAAGCGAAAGCAGGAGAAGAGGGUAUGACAAAGUUUUCAAGAGGUAAUAGAUUCUCUAUAGCUGAGCACCAGGAAAGGUACAAAGAAGAGUGUCAAAGAAUAUUCGACCUGCAGAAUCGUGUCUUGUCGUCGAAUGAAGUACUCAGUACCGACGAGGGUGAGAGUUCUGAUGAAGAUAGUUCAGAUAUUGAAGAAAUGGGUAAAAAUAUUGAGAACAUGUUGUCGAACAAAAAGACCAGCACCCAGUUGUCCCUUGAGAGAGAAGAACAGGAACGACAUGAGCUCAGAAAAAUGAUAAUGGGCGACAUGCAAGAGCAGGAGAAAAAAAGUAAAGAGAAAAAGAAAGACGACGAAGAUGAUGGUCCUGUGAAUAACUAUGGACCGCAACAAGGUAGAGUGCUAAAAAUAUAUAGAACCUUUAGAAAUCCUGACGGAAAGGAAUUCACCAGAGUUGAGCUGGUGAGAAAACCAGCCGUCAUAGACACUUACAUAAAGAUAAGAAAUUCCAAGGACGAAACCUUCAUCAAACAAUUCGCAACCCUUGAUGAAGCUCAGAAAGAAGAAAUGAAAAGAGAAAAGAGAAGAAUCCAGGAACAGUUGCGCAGAAUCAAACGGAAUCAAGAACGUGAACGCAUGCUGGGUGGCCCUGUGACGAAUUCUUUCAGCUCCUCAAACUUAUUUGAACGUUCAAACCUGAGUACCCCGCCAGUCUCGUCGUCCAGUAUCCUUCCAUUAAGUAAUUUUCAAUCCUCUACUCUUUCCUCUAAGCAUCCUAAGCCUGAGAUAUCUCCCUCUAAACGUAAAAAACCUAAACUUAAACCUGAUCUUAAAUUAAAAUGUGGCGCUUGUGGUAACGUAGGGCAUAUGCGAACCAAUAAGGCGUGUCCCCUUUACCAGAACAGCUUGCCUACUGCGCCGGUGAAUGUCGCUAUGACGGAAGAACAGGAAGAAGAAAUCGAAAAGCAGCUUAAUACCGAUGAUCAAGAUUUGGUUAAUGUUGAUGGAACAAAAGUUAAAUUAUCUUCGAAGCUUAUCAAGCAUGCUGAAGAAAUGAAGAGACGUACUUUGUUACUGAAAGUACCAAAGGAGGCUGUUAGUGCACGGAAACGUCGUCGGGCAACUGGUGACGAUCACUGUGAUUAUCUCAAACGUCAACAAAGACCGGCAAACAGACGUAGAACCGAUCCAGUUGUGGUGAUGUCUACCAUGUUGGAAAGUAUUCUGAAUGAGAUGAGAGAUUUACCAGAUGUUCAGCCAUUCCUGUUUCCUGUAAAUGCAAAAGUAGUUCCAGAUUAUUACAAAAUUGUUCAAAGGCCGAUGGACUUACAAACUAUAAGAGAAAACUUGAGGCAAAAGAAAUAUCAAAGCAGGGGAGAGUUCUUGGCUGAUGUAAAUCAGAUAGUUGAAAAUUCAACGCUUUACAAUGGAGUAAAGAGUUCAUUGACUGUGGCUGCCAAACGAAUGCUCGACACUUGUGUAGAAAGACUCGGCGAAAAAGAAGAUCGUCUAAUGAGACUUGAAAAGGCAAUAAAUCCGCUCCUAGAUGAUAACGAUCAAGUCGCCCUUUCUUUCAUUCUUGACAAUGUAGUUAACAACAAACUAAAAUCCAUGACCGAGGCUUGGCCGUUUCUUAAGCCGGUUAAUAAAAAAAUGGUCAAAGAUUAUUAUAAUUUGAUCAAAAGGCCAAUGGACUUGGAAUCGAUUUCUAAAAAAGUUACAGCACAUAAAUAUCACAGUCGGCACGAGUUCCUCAUGGAUAUUGCACAGAUUUUGAAGAACUGUACACUUUAUAACGGAAAGGAUUCACCAUUCACGCAAAAGGCAGAAACUUUGGUGAAAGCUUGUAAAGAAACUUUAGACGAGUAUGAUGAUCAUUUGACGCAACUGGAGAAUAACAUUCUCUUAGUACAACAACGGGCUAUGGAACAAGCGGAUAUUGAUUCAUCCUGGCUUGGUCCCGAUGAAGAAAAUUACACCAUUGCCGAACCAGAGUUCAGAGGAAGUCAAACCAGCUCUCCAGACAAUCCAUUUGGCAAAUCGAUGAUGGACGAUUUUGAUUUCGUUGAUGUGGAGGGGGACAUGGAUGGAGAAUUGGGUCGAAGCGGGCGUGCUAAGAAAAAAGACGUUCUCGAAGAAGACCUUCAGUUCUCGAGCGAAGACGAAUUCGAUGAGGUGCCAUUUGGAACUGACGAACAAUCUGAGCAAACUGAAAUGGAAGCACUGGAAGUUGGCGAAAUGAGAGAAGUUGGCGAAGUACCCGCAGAUGACGACAGUCAACAAGCCGCGGAAGCUAUGGUUCAAUUAAGUAAUGUUGGAUUCUACACUGGAGAACAACAGAUGUUACAGCAAGAAGAGAGCAUGGAUGUUGAUCCAAACUACGAUCCGUCUGAUUUCUUGCUUGCCGGUUUACCGUCCCGAGAAGAUAAGGCUGUUGAUAAAAUUCAAGACGAUCUUGCCGUCUCUGAAAGUGAUGACGAGGCCCAGAAUAAUCGAUUAGAAACUAAACACGAGAUAGAACCACAACAGGAGGAAGAUGAAGGAGGGGAUUUAUGGUUUUAAACCGAUUUUAAGUUUCAUCGUAGUUUCAAACUGUACCUGUAUUAUAAUGAUUUAAGUUUAAGCAAAGUCAAUUAAACCACGAUAAAAUUAUUGUUGCAUUAUGUAUGUACAUAUAAAGUAAGUUGAGCAUUAAUAUUCAUAUACCUAUUUAUAAGUAGUAAAAAAGUGUAGAGCACCUAAGGAAGAAUUAAUGGUAACAAGAUGAAAGUGAAGUCAUAUAUAUAUAUACUUAUGUCAUAUCAAAGAACCAACAUUAAAAAUUGUAUAAAGUAUUUUUUUUUUUUUUUGAUGCUGUUUAGUUAUACAAUUUAUGAGAACGUAUCAACUAUCAGUUAAAUCGUAUUAGUAUCGAAUUCUGUUUUUCAUAUAAUUUUAAUAUAUCUCGAUCAGUAAUCAAUGCUGGAAUAAAAAAAAAUAAAAAAAAAAAAAACUGCAAAUACGCUGAUGCAAUAAAGACU